AAAACACGAUUCUCAGGGCAAAACAAAGGAAGGAAUUAUAGAGAGAGAGAGAAGAGAGGAGAAUAGAAGAGGAGAGAGCUCUCGUGUCUCUUUGUCGCUCAGUUUCGUGCUGCGAUCAGAUCCUCAGUGAUCCAUCAACCAACCUAUCCAACUCACACUUGCAUUCUCGAUCGAUCUUAGCUUCUUUUCAUUCCUUAAAUUAAUCCCUACGCUCUUUAAUCUCUUCCAAAUUUUGAUCGGUUAUUUUUUUUGUUUGUUUGUUUUGGUUUUUAAUCGCUCGAUCAAAUUGUAACCCUAAAUUCGAGACUGAUUGAAACCCUAAUUCGAGACCUGCAAUUUAGAAACCCUACGUUUUGAAUAUCGAUUAAAAAGUUCAAUUUUGAUGGCUGCAGCUUCCAAUUCAAAUCAUCAAUCCCCUAAACACGCCGGCGGCGAUCGUCAGGCGGCGGCGGCGCGUGGUGUAGCUUCUCCCGUAGCGUCGCCGUGGACACAGAUUGUUCGUGGUGGUGAAUCUGAAUCCAUCGUCUCCUCCUCAACCUCUGCCGCAGCGGCGGUGCCACCAUCUUCUCCUUCUUCAUUGCCUGUUAUUCAGGAACAGGACAGACACUCUUCUUCUGACUCGUCACCUUCCAAGUUGGCGGCUUCGGCGGUGGUUUCGGCUUCGUCUUCCCCCGAAGAAUCUGCGGUGGAGUCUCAGGCGGAGUACUCCGACAACAGUAAUGGGAAUGGCAAUGCGGCUAAGAAGUCAGCUUGGAGCAAGCCUUCCAAUGGUGGUGCUGAUGGUGGACCUGUGAUGGGAGCCUUUUCCUGGCCUGCGCUCUCUGAGUCCACUAGGGCUUCUCCGAAAUCGUCAUCUUCUGAGUCACUGAAAGCUCUCUCUGAUGGAUCGAUCUCUGCGUCGCAGGGAAUUGGAAUUGCUUCUUCUUCCACACAGAAGCAAACCAUGGCUAAUAAUGCAAGCCCUGUUUCAACCCCGAAUCAUGCAACACCACCUACGCGCCACAAGUCUACGAGGCGUGGUGGUGGUGGUGGGAAUGUAUCCGUUAAUGGUGGCUCACAUCAGCCGCUGCCCUUAACACUGGGUUCGGUAGUGAGUUCAGCAGUGGAAAUGUCUGCUAAUAAUGCUGGAAAACCAGGGUCUUCAGUUCUGGAGUCUUCUCCAAGAGACCCAACAACACAUAAGGAGACUGGACAGACGGGAGGCUUUGGGUCACAUUCUCAUAACAUUUCUUCUCCAAGGAAUGAUCAUGGACAACAACAACGGAAUUCGUUUAGGAGGGGCAAUGGAGGUUCUCAUCCUCGGGGUGAUGGUCAUUACCAUAACAAUUAUGGGGGCAGGGACCGUGGAAACCAUGAUUUGAAUCUUAACCGGAGCUUCAAUGGCAGGGAAGGUCAUCUACAGCCCCACAGAGGUGUUACUAGGGGCGGCUUUAUACGACACCAACCACCACCACAUAGUUCCACCCCAUUGAUACCUCCACCUGUGCCCGUGAGACCUUUUGCCAACCCUAUUGUGUACCCUGAAAUGCCAUCACCAAUGAUUUAUGUUUCAGGUCAUCAUCCGGAUUCUCUUAGAAGCAUGCAUCUUGUUGCACCAAUGCCACCUCACGCUAUGUAUUACAGCCCUGUACUGGAUCCUCAGUUGCACACUAAAAUAGUGAAUCAGAUAGAUUAUUAUUUCAGCAACGAAAAUUUAAUUAAAGAUACAUUCUUACGACUGAACAUGGAUGACCAGGGUUGGGUUCCUGUUAUAUUGAUAGCAGGCUUUAAAAAAGUUAUGCAAUUGACAGAAAAUAUCCAGCUUAUAUUGGAAGCUGUGCGCGCUUCAACUACUGUGGAAGUACAGGGUGACAAAGUAAGGAGGCGUAACGAUUGGAAGAGAUGGCUCAUGCCUCCUGUUCAGUUUCCUAAUGUCUCUAGUCCUCAAUCACCGGGAAGUUCUUCUAGUCAUGAUAUACUGGCUGCCAAUGUCCAAAAUAUCUCACUCGAGGAGAGGAUUAACAAGCAGGGUCAUGAUGAGGCUGUUCUAAGUAGAUCAUCAUCCGGAGAUGUGAAUAGUCGGUCACAACAAUCCAGUUCUGAGGAGACAGGCCAAGCCACUUUUCAAGCAGGUUCUGAAAGUUCAAUUUCAGCGAAGAGUUCCAGUAAAUAAGAACUGAGCUUACUGCACAUUCUAUUAUAAGGGUUUUUGUUAGGGAUGCGGGAAAGCUUCUCAAAGAUGGGAAAUAUCUUAUGUUUUCUAGUUAUUAAGGGGGUCUUGGUCAUGCUUUGAUGUGAUGAAACAUGAUUUCUCAUGAGGCAAAUAUACACAAAGCUAGAAGGGUAAAAUAUAGAGCUUUUUGAGAAAUAAAAGAAAAACGGAGGCAAGGAAAGAAGGUAAAAAGGAGCUCCUAUGACUGUAAGGUUAGCAUGAGUCCGCUGGGAUAUAUUUAAGAUUUUGGUGAGAAAUUUGUUGCCCUUAUUUCAUGGUAAUUCACCGCGAUGUGUUGUGUCCAUAUGGGGAAUUUUGGUUCCACUUCCCCGUGCUGCCUCUAUGCUGUUCUUUUUUAUUUUUUUUCCUUAGUUUUUUUUAUAAAAAAAAUGUUUAGGGUCAGAUAACCUCCCGUUCUUGGCAGGUAAGCAUAUGAAAUAGGCUGAUGGAAAUGAGUGGAUUUGUAUUUAUGUGGUUGAAGGGGGAGAGAGGGAGAGAAGUGGCAUUGGUGGACCUGCUACUCAUGCUACUCUAUCCAUGGUGCGCGGUGCUUGCUCGCCUAAUCAUCUCUUGUUUUGGAUGUUUUUUCUUUCUAUGUUUCCCUUUCUUUUUUGUUUUCAGAUAUUGUUAAAAUUACAUUCAUAUGUGGACCUUUUGAAAAUUUCACUUCAUAAAUUGCCUGGUUGGGGGACAA